UUAUCCCCCGCCGAAAAAUUUCGGCGGAGGAUAUAGAAAUAGUCUCCGUCCGUCCCACCUUCCUUCCGUCCGACAUUUUUGUCCGGAGCAUAUCUCUAAAAGUAUUUGAGUUAUCAACUUGAAACUUCAUAGGUGGAUAGACCUCAUUGAGGAGGAGUGCAGUGCACAAGAAUGAUAACUCUACCUUGCAUGAUUUUUGGGUUAUUGCCCUUUGUUAUUUUUCAAAAUUGAUUUUUGUCCAGAGCAUAACUCCAAAAGCCUUUGAGAUAUCAAAAUGAAACUUUAUAGGUGCAUAGAUCUCACUCAGGAGGUGUGCACUGCACAAAUAUGAUAACUCUACCUUUUAUAAUUGUUGUGUUAUUGCCCUUUGUUCUUUUUCAUACUUAAUUUUUCAAUUCAAUUUUUUUCUCAAAAAGUAUUUGAGGUAUCAACUUGAAACUUCAUAGGUGGAUAGAUUUAACUGAGGAGGGAUGCAGCACACAAGAAUGAUAACCUACCCUGCAUUAUUUUUCAGUAAUUGCCCUUUGUUUUUCAGCCAUUAGUAUUCACAUAGGUUUCAAAUCUGUAACCACUAUAGCCAUCAGUUUUCAUUACCAAAAGACCUCUUAAAAUCGAAUUACUCCGCUCUACUACAUAUACAUUCUUCCAAUGAGCAAACACAUUCGGCGGGGGAUGGCCAUGUUGACAUGGCUCUUGUUGAAUUAUAAAUUGAAGUCUAUUAUUCAGAUUGUGGAUUAAACAUGUUCAUUAUUUACAGGUUAAUGGGAAGCUGUGAAACGGAAAUAUUUCAUUGUAUGUGGUCACUCGAGGACAGAAAUGGCUCGACCUAAAGAAAAAGCGAGAACUGCAUUUGAUCAGAAGUGUAUGGCAGCCUCAGACAAGUUGGCAAGUUUCCAAGCUACCUCACUUAAAGAUGACAUUGAAAGGUUGUAUACAGAUGAAAUACUCACAGACCUAAGCAUUGACCUAGGUAGUAGAAAGCUAGCACUUCACAGAUGUAUAAUUAAAGCAAGGAAUGCAGACUUGUGUAACUUUUUGACAUCAUUUGAAAGAAAUGAUGGGAACGAGGCGCUAUUGAUCCCCAACUCACGUCAUUCAGAUAUAGAAAAUUGUCUAAGGUCACUAUAUACUGAUGAUGAUGUAACAGCUAGUGUAGAGAAACUGGACACUUAUUUCCAGCAAGAAUCAAACAUUGAAUUAGAACAGCCAAACACUGACAACACUAAUGACUUGGAAAAUGAUAUGAUUGACACCGACAGAGAUACUUUACAUGUGAUAUCUGAAAACAUAACAAAUACUAGUCUAGACCUUGUCAAAAGUGAAGUUGGUUGUUUAAAAAGGGAGAUUUGUAUUGGAGAAGGGGAAAGAAGUAACGGGUGUACCUCUAUCUGUGAUAAUUCUGAUUGUGAUAAAUAUAAUGAUAAAAUGUAUGGUAGUGUUGAGAGAGGGAAUGAAGCUGGGAACAAAACAAGCACUUGUGAUAAUACAACGGCGGUUUGUGGUUGUGAAGAGGAGAAUGAUGAGGAAAAUAUUUAUAAAUUAGCCGAAAGAAUUGUAAAACAAGUAAUUGAAGAAGCUCAAAGUAUUGUUGCAAAGGACAAAAGUGAUAAUCCUUUAGAUAAUAUUGCCAAAGAAAAUGAGAGUGCCAAGGAAGUGGAAUCUUUGAUAUAUUGUAAUGAUAGUGCUGAAAUUGAGAAGAAAAUUAAUUCUAGUGAAAAAGAUAACAAUGGCCAAAAUUCAAUCAAAUCAAAUACCUCUCCAGGAAAUCAAUCAAAUACCUCAGUAGAAAAUCAAGCACAGCAAACAAAAUGUUGUAGAUUUAACACGAGAACAAAUAUAGACAGUAUACAAGGGUUACAAGAAAGAGUGUUUGGAGUAAAAACAUUAUUGAGACCAUGUAGUAAGCUUGGUGAGGACUUGCUUAGAAUGUUACUAGAACAAGAGUCUACAGAUUGUUCUAUAGAAGUACAGGGAGAAACAUUCCGUGCCCAUAGGUGUAUUUUAGCUGCUCGUUCAUCAUAUUUUGCUGCGAUGUUGUGUGGAUCAUGGAGGGAGAGCGAAGAAGAGACAAUAGUGUUAGAGGGGAUAUUACCUGCAGUAUUAAAGCAGACGUUACUAUAUUUAUAUGGUGGAGUUACUCAGGUAGAUCCCCAGUGUCCACUAGGAGGGCUCAUUAUGAUGGCGGACAUGUAUGGGAUGGAAGGGCUGAAGGAAGUUGUAGCAUUUAAUCUUAACAUAGGCUAUUGUCAUUUCUUCCACAGGCCGUGUGCAGAAUGUAUUGCUGGUGUACCUGAAGCAUUGGCUCUGACAAUGAUGUACAACAUGGACGCCAUGAAGGAGAAAUGUGUACGAUGGAUCAACAAAAACUUCGGGAAAGUAUGGCCGGGAAAAUCUUUAGCGACUCUACCUCAAGAAGUUUUAGAGUUUACAGUAUCUAGUGCAGUCAAAGACCUGGCACUCAACAAUGUACUGGAUGUUUUGGUAGAUUGUCAGAGGUUGAACGAGAAAACGCCACACUUGAAGUGGACAGAACCUGUGUUUGACAUGAUAACUCAGUUAAUGGACGCAGCCAUCGAGUUUGCCAGCAAAAACUUCAUCAGUCUCAUAUCCGGAAAUACAUUUAGGAAAAUUGAUAAGGAAGGUAUCUCAUUUAACCAGCAACCACUGGAGGACAUAUUUGGUAUGAUAAUACAGGCACUGUCACCAGAAAAUUCCUGUCUCGCCUAUCUGUCUCUACAUAAGUGGGUAAAAUCUGUAGAAGUUACAGCUGACGACAAAGUACCAUUGUUUUCAGAGGAAUUUGCGGAAUUUGUUAAUACAUUGUUUAAGAAGUGUAAGGACCACCUAUGUUUGUAUGUCCAUCAAGCUGCCAACACUGUAGAAUGGGAACUUCUGUCAAAGGAAAUGCAACAAACUAUAAUGCAAGAUGCAAAUUAUGUAUGUAUUGAUACUAAUAGAGGACGUAUGGCACGACCAAAAUUGACUAGCAUGCAAAAGAAAAUUUCAGCAACAUCGCCUCUGUCAUUGAAAGAAUAUUUUGAAUGUCAUUUUGGACAAGUAAAACCACCGGUCAAAAUUCCCAAGUCAAAGAAAGAAAACAUUCCAGCUGCCAAACAGAAAGAGGUGACGAAAGGGACAAGGGGAAAGGUUAAACAAGCAUCAGCUGAUACAAGAAAAAUGGACAAAUCAAGUGUAAAAACUGUUAAACAAACUCCAAAACUCAUCGGUAAAGAUACAAGUGUUUAUUCCAGUGGUAAGAAGGGGGCUAAAGGUAAGUCAUUAACAGAUCAAAGUCAGAGUAAAAAUGAUAUGACAGAGGGUUGUAGUAAUUCUGCUUUAUUUGAAGAAGAUAUCACAUAUACUGAAGAAGAAUAUAUUGUUUGA